AUGGACACGGGUCAGUAAACUCAAAAGUGAGUAACUAACUAGUCAUUUAUCGUCAAAAACUCACCCAAAAUUUACUGUAAACGCCCCACAACCCACGCAAAAAGUGUGACACGGGGCUAAGAAGUUACCCCUCUUUCUCAACCCGAUCCGUUCGGCUGUUGACAUUGUCGCCAUCUUGGUGAAAACCGAAGGAGAAAAAUGAGUUCGAAAAGUGGUAAAAGAAAGAGUUCGUCUGGUGGCGGUUCGAAGGGACCCCCAGUGCCGGUGGCACCGAGUCAGCCAAGGCUGUGCAAGAUUGCGAAAGGAGGUUCGGGGUAUGGUUUUAAUCUACACAGCAAACAGGGGCAACAUGGCCAGUAUAUCCGUGGAAUUGACGAAGGAUCCCCAGCAGAGAAAGCUUGUCUCAGGAAAGGCGACCGAGUCAUCGAGGUCAAUGGGGUCAACAUCGAGCGAGAAACACACGCCCAAGUCGUCGCAAGAAUCAAGAGCGGGGGCGAGCAGACCGCCCUCCUCGUCGUCGACCAUGAGCUCGACCUCCACAACAAAAAGUACGGCAUCACCGUGGAUGCCAACGAGGCGAUACAGAAGGAAUUCAUGAACGAUGCCCCGAAGGUAAACGGGGACGCACCGGAGGAGAACGGGGUGAGCCUGGUGCCCGUUGUCGUUGAGGUUGCGACGGACCCGGUGCCGGAGUCAGAACCGGAGAGAAUAGAGGAACCAGUGGAGGAGAAUGUGGUUUCUGUGGAGGAGUCGGUACCAGUCGAGUCGGUACCCAACGCAAUCCCUGAAGUUGCACAGGUCGCCGAGGAGGAAGAAGAAGCAGCCACACAGCCUGAAGAAGAAGCAGCUGAGCCCGAGGUAGUCAUCGCCGUCGCUGCAGCAGUAGUGGAGUCAACUCCAGAACCAAUCAGAGAACCAAGCCCUGAGCCUGAGAGAGAAGCCUCACCAGAAAGGGUGGAGGAUGCAGAACCUCUAACAGAACCCCCAUCAGAACCCGAGACCCAGGUCUCAGUUGAAACAGAACCCAUUGACGCACCAGAACCCAUUGUUACCCCAGUACCCAUUAUUGACCAAGAACCCAUAACAGACCCAGAGGUAACCCCCUCAGAAGAGCCUGAAACUGCCGAGGAACCCCCUUCAGAACUGGAACCCAUCCCAGAACCGGAACCUAUCCUAGAACCAGACCAGGAACCCCCUGCAGAGCUUGUUGUCGUUCCUGUACCAGUGGCUGAUGAACCAUCGCCCGAACCAGAGAGAGAACCAACACCAGAGCCGGAGCCAGAACCGGAACCAGAACCAGUGGUGGAACCGGAACCAAUACCGGAGCCCGAACCAGUUCCAGAACCAGAACCUGUGGUAGUAGAACCAGAACCAGAACCGGAACCUGAACCAGAACCUGCAGUAGAACCAGAACCUGAACCAGAACCUGCAGUAGAACCAGAACCUGAACCUAUUGUACAGGUUGCUCCAGAACCGGAACCAGAACCAGAAAGAGAGCCCACUCCAGAACCAGAGAGAGAACCAACCCCAGAACCGGAGCCAGCACCUGUAGUCGUCAGACCCCCAACCCCUGAACCAGCCCCUAAGCCUGCGGACGAACCCGACCAUGCAAAGAGUAGGGCGCCCCCGCCCCCUGAACCCGUUAAACCUCAGAAGGAAGCACCAGCUAAGGCUGCACCGCCGCCCGCACCUGCACCUAGUGAGGGAAGUCUGGAUUUAUCUGAUAUGGCCAAAGCAAGAGCUCUAGCGGCCGGCAAGAAGAAGAAGAAGGCAGCAUCCAGCGCCGACUGGAGGACGAAAUACAACGCUUUCCAGAACUUGAAAUAAAAUGGAAUGCGUGCAGCGUGAUCGUUGCGUGCACACAGUCCACACUUCAACCAUGACGGACUUGUAAAGUAUUGUCACUCCAUUUUAUAACUUCGUAAUUCAUCUUUUCCUCUCCUUUUUUGUCAUUUUUUUUAAUUUGCUUAAUCAUAUUCCUUUCAGCUUGAAUUUUUGCUUUGCUUUUUUUUUCCUGACUUAUUUUUAAACACAACACAACAAACCAUAAUGUUUUUGCUGACGAUGAAAACAAAUAAUCAAUGCAAGAAAUGUAGACGAAUGCAGGUUACUUUAUGAGGAAAAAAAUCAUGUCUUGGUAGAAAUAAUCUUUGUGAUUAUCUUGCAGAGAGAAAGUGCAAAGAAAGUUAAUUUUUUGGUGGCAAAAAGCUGCUUGUGAGUCAAGUAGAACAGCAACGCCAGAGGCACUUGACUAGAUUUGGCUGGGCGCUAUAGUUGACAGUGUGGUAGUUUCUGAGGCCUGGUCUCAGUCUUGAGACUGGUUCAAGACCCUUUUCUGCAGUCUUAGGUCUCGCCUUGGUCUCGGACUGCAAAAGUCUCAGUCUCGGAAGAGUUGAUCUCGAUUUUAGGACGUUGGUCUUAGUCCUGGUCUCGGACUUCCAGGUCUCGACCACAAAAAAAGAUAAUUGGUUAAUUGACUUGUUGCGGAUAAAAUAAGCCCUGUUUUUGUUACUUUUUCGAAUUCACUGUCCGUCCAUGACUGUACCCCCAACCUUCUACCUCCCCCCCAAAAAAAAUACCGGGCGUGCCUCUGUUAAUUUUUUUAAUCAGAAAUACUGAGUUUUGCCUUGGUUUUUGAAAUAACGUGAUUCUAAUUUUCGUUGUCUGGUUGGCUGUUUACUUCGAUAUGUAUUACUGCAUGUAGUGUGUUUGUGUGGUUUAGGCA